GACUUGCUCUCCGUCCGAACUUGACCCCAAACCAUCAAAAUUGGGGCCGAAUAUUCUCAUUUUCCGUGCCGAUGCCAGAUCUUGCGCCUCCAAGGUAUUGCGACAACAAUUGCGACAUCUCUCCACGGCCACCUCAAACUGCCGCCGUCAAUUGUCAUGAUUUAUUCUGCUACUCUACUUCUUCUUUCUUCGAAUCCUAGCCCGUUACCCAACUAGAAAGUCGCAAUCUUCGUCAGUGGCCAUGACGGCAGCAACGACAAAUCCUGACAAUGACUUGCGAGUCGAGGCGCUUGACUUCCACCACCCUUUCACUCCUUACAAUGUCCAACUCCAGUUCAUGAGGGCCGCGUAUGAUGUGCUAGAGAAAGGAAAUGGCCAGGUGGGGAUUUUGGAAAGCCCCACGGGAACGGGGAAAUCCCUCUCUCUGAUCUGCUCGACCCUGACGUGGCUGCGCAACCACAAGCGACAGCAGUAUGAGGCCACGUUCGAAGCGACGGCGGCAGGUAUGGAGGGCGAGCCCGACUGGAUGGUCGAAGCCACGCUGCGGCGGAAGCGAGACGAGCUGGCGAGGCGGUGGGAAGAAAGAGAAGCGCAGCUCGAGCGCGUGCGAGCUCGAGAAAAGGAUUUGGAAGAAAAGGCCGGUCGCGCCAGCAAAAGACAGCGUUUGGACGACGGCGAUGAUGAAGGCCCCUCCUCAAAGGGAAAACGGAAGGCGCUGGAUGAAGAAGCCGAGUUCCUGAUUGAUGACUGGCAUGAUUCCACUGACGGUGUGUCGGAUGACGACCCGUUGUCUCAGUUGAGCAAGGAGACGAGAGCCUUGCUGGCCAGAGUCGGACUCGGCGGAGCAAAGAAGAUUGAGGAGGAAGAGUACGAGGCAGAAGAUGAAAUAAAGGCUAGUCGCGACCUCACGAAACCUAUAUACUACACAUCUCGGACACAUUCGCAACUAACUCAGUUUAUCGCGGAGCUGCGGCGACCAACGUUUCCCCCAUCUAUUCCAUCAGAGUUGCUCUCGAAGGGGGGCCAAGGAGACCGGCAGAGCAAUGAGGUCGUGAAGCAGCUGCCCUUAUCCUCACGGCAAAAGCUGUGCAUCAACCCGGCCGUCUCCCGGCUUGGAUCUCUUUCGGCGAUCAAUGAUCGCUGCACAGAGCUGCAACAAUCAAAAUCAGACGCAAAAUGCGCCUUUAUGCCGAAUGCCGACAACCUGAAGCAGACCCACCAGUUCCGUGAUACCGUCUUGGCAAUGGUCCCCGACAUUGAGGACAUGUACCGGAUAGGAAAGCAGAUACAAGUCUGCCCAUACUACGCCUCGCGGACGGCGAUUCCUGGCGCAGAGGUCAUUACGCUGCCCUACCCACUACUCCUGCAGAAAAGUGCCAGAGAUGCACUCGGCAUCAAGUUGGAGGGGAACGUUGUCAUCAUUGACGAGGCUCACAAUAUUAUGGAUGCCGUGGCAAACGUAUAUGCCGCAGAGAUCUGUCUAAGCGAGCUCAGGAGAGCGAGGCAGAUGCUGGGUGCGUAUGUGAAGAGGUUUGGGAAAAAGCUGAAAGGCGAGAACCGGGUCAUGGUUGCCCGAGUUGGCAGGGUGGUGGAAUCGCUGAGUGAGUGGCUGGAUGGAGCGUCGAGCUCAAAGGUCGAUCAAGGGAUUGCGGACCCCAAUAUGCUCCUAAAGAGCCGCGGCGCAGACCAGACCAACCUGUACAAGCUGAUCCGGUACAUACAGGAGUCCAAGCUGGCAUAUAAGAUCGAGAGUUAUAUGAGCCACGCCGAGAGCGAACAGGACCCUUCGACGGCCAAAAAAGGUACCCGUUCGAGUCCAGUACUCCACACCUUAGUCUCGUUCCUCACGGCACUUACGAACCUGAGUGCCGAAGGCAGGAUAUUCUACGAGAAAAUCGCAGGAAGCCCGCCAGACAUCAAGCUCUCCUAUCUGCUGCUCUCGCCGACGCACGCCUUCUCCUCUAUCGCAUCCAGCGCGCGCGCAGUGAUUCUCGCUGGCGGGACCAUGUCGCCGUUUGAUGACUACAAAGCACAUCUAUUUCCCACUUUUAGCCCAGAGAAGAUCACGACGCUGAGCUGCGGCCACGUCAUACCAUCCUCGAGCCUCUGCGUGUGGACGCUGGCGUCGACAAUGCCGAUACCAGCGGGUAGCAGCAGCAACGCAGCCGCGCCUGACGCCUUCGAGUUCAGCUUCCAGAAGCGCAGCGACCGCACCAUGAUCCGGCAGCUCGGCCUGGCCCUCCUCAACAUGUGCUCCGUCGUGCCUGACGGCGUAGUGGUCUUCUUCCCGAGCUACGGCUAUCUCGACCAAGUCGUGGCGGUGUGGCAGGCCGCCGACCCGUCCCAGCUGCCGUCCAAGCCAGAGAACAGCACCCCCCCCACAAAGCCACUGACGCUGUGGGACCGGCUCACCGCGAAGAAGUUUGUGUUUCGGGAGACCAAGGGCAGCUCGAGCGACGAGGUGCUGCAGAGCUACACCCAGGCCAUACUCUCCCCUCCGCCUCCGAAUCCCAGCAGUGCUGCCGCAUCAGCAGAUCCCAAGCCACGGCAGGCGGGAGCCCUGCUGCUGAGCGUCGUGGGAGGCAAGAUGAGCGAGGGCAUCAACUUUUCCGACCGGCUGGGGCGGUGCGUGGUGAUCGUCGGGCUGCCGUACCCCAACAUGCAGUCGGCCGAGUGGAAGGCGCGGAUCGAGUACAUCGAGUCGUCGACGGUAGCGCGGCUGAUGGCAACGCACACGGAUGCGACCAACGGCAACGGCGGCAACGGCGCGGCGGCGCCCGCAGGAGCGCCACCGACGCGCGAGCAGGCCGUGGCGCAGGCCAAGCAGGUAGCGCGCGACUUUUACGAGAACGCGUGCAUGCGCGCUGUCAACCAGAGCAUCGGCCGCGCCAUCCGCCACCGCGGCGACUACGCCGCCAUCGUGCUCGCCGACCGCCGCUUCGCCACCGACCGCAUCCGCGCCAAGCUGCCGGGCUGGAUCCGCGGCGGCAUGGCGCCGGGCACCGAGGCCAAGGGGCUGCAGGGCCUGAUGGGUGCGAUGAGUGGCUUUUUCCGGGGGAAGAGAGGAGGCGCGGUAGAUUCGUGUAGUUAGGCCAAAAUUCAGCGAGCUAUGUUAUACCUUUUG